GUUCAAUGCACGUAGGCUCAAGUAAACAUUAUUUUGUUUUUGUUUUAUAUAAAGUGGACGUAACACAAAUAUGAGUAUUAUGCGGAACUUUCAAUUAAAUUUUAUAUGCAAUUCCAUAAAAUAUGGAGCAAUUAACGCAAACUGCCAGAAAUUCUUAACGCAAGUGCGUCAAAAAAGUACAAAGGCAGCGGAUGGCCCAACGACAAAUUUUAGCGGGGAUAAGAAUAUCCGACCUGAUUCUACGCAGACCAGCAACGAAGAACGCACUACACAUUUCGGAUACCAAAAGGUGAAAGAAAGUGAGAAGGAACAAAAAGUGCACAAAGUUUUCGAAGAUGUAGCGAGCUCUUAUGAUAUUAUGAAUGAUGCCAUGUCCUUUGGGAUACAUCGCAUUUGGAAGGAUACAUUUAUGCAUCAUAUGUUUCCAUUGCACGGCACACGCCUUUUGGACAUGGCAGGCGGCACAGGAGACAUUGCUUUCCGUUAUGUCAACCAACUACUCAAGCUAAAAAAUAUAGGUAAUCGCUCAAGCCAUAUAACAAUCGCGGACAUAAAUCAGCACAUGUUAGACGUAGGUAAGGAGCGGGCCAAACUUUAUUUGCCCAGCAUAAAGAAUCUGCCAAACUUUACGAUGGAUUGGCAGAAAGCUGAUGCAGAGCAGCUACCAUUUGCCGAUAACAGCUACACGGCCUACACAAUCGCCUUUGGCAUACGCAAUUGCACGCACAUUGACAAGGUAUUGAGUGAGGCAUAUCGUGUCUUGCAGCCUGGUGGCCGUUUUAUGUGCUUGGAAUUCAGCCAUCUAACGAAUGAUGUAAUGCAGCGGCUGUACGAUCUAUAUUCCUUUCAAGUAAUACCGCCAAUGGGACAAAUUUUGGCGGGACAAUGGAAACCCUAUCAGUACCUGGUGGAGAGUAUUAGGCAGUUUCCGAAGCAAGAGGAGUUUAAGCGAUUGAUCGAAGAGGCCGGCUUUGAUAUGGUAUAUUAUACGAAUCUAACCUUUGGCGUGGUGAGCAUACACUCAGGCAUAAAGUUGCGAUAGUAUUUAUUCAUAGAUUUAAUUUCCACACAUAAUACAUAAAUAAGUAAAAAAAAAGGAAAAAUAAUUGCAUUAGUAGUAAAUAAAAACAGCAAAUUUACGAAUCAAAUGAUGUUUGGCCAAAUAAAUAUAUUUUAAUAAUGUCAAAAAAAUCGAGCGAUCUCUACGCCGAAACUUUCCCAUGCCUGUAUUUAAUAAUAACAUGCCUUUGAAACUGGA